UCCGCUUUCACUUCCUUGAGAGUUAAGAUGGCGGACCGGCGGCGACGGAGACGGCGCGCCUCUCAGGACAGCGAGGAGGAGGACGAGUCCGCCUCGGGCUCCGAGUGCGGGAGGUCGCUGUCUGGCGGCCGGAAGCCUCGCGAAGGAGACCCCGAGCCGCUGGAGUCGCCCGCGGAGCGCGUCUGCGCCAAGAGCGUAGUACACACUGAGUCGGAGUGUGAAAGUGAAGAUGGUGUUGGUGAAGCAGUCUUAUCGGACUAUGACAGUGCUGAUCUGGAGGAGAAUGGAUCGCACACGGAGGGAGGAGAGGAUGAGGAGGAGGGAGAGCAUUUCAGUGAUGAAGAGGCCUCACGUCCUGCCGCAGAACCGAAGCCCACUGCAGAUGCCCCGACAGAAGAGCUUGGUGAAAAGGAGGAGAGAGAUGGAGUGGGCAAGGAAGUUAAAUCUGAUGAGAAGGGCAAUCUAGCUGGGGAGCGACAGAGUGGGGAUGGACAGGAAAGCACAGAGGACCCUGAGAAUAUAUCAGGCAGCAAAGGCCAGAAGCUUGACGAUGAUGAGGACAGGAAGAAUCCAGCCUACAUCCCCCGAAGAGGCCUUUUCUUUGAGCAUGACGUGAGAGGCCAGGCUACAGAGGAGGAGAGGCCUAAAGGCAGGCACAGGAAGUUGUGGAAGGAUGAGGGCCGAUGGGAACACGACAAAUUCCGUGAAGAGGAGCAGGUGCCAAAAUCACGUGAAGAGCUAAUUUCUCUCUAUGGUUAUGACAUCCGCAAUGGCACAGGGCCGAGUGACGGGCGGUCGUACCGCUCCCGAAAACCCAGACAUGCGGGUUCGCCCAGUCGAGAGCCGAGGCGCCAUCGUGACGGUGAAAAGUCAGUUUGUACAACAUGGCAGGCGCCUCCACCUGGCCACCGCAAUACCCCUCAUUCUGUUCCCCUACAGUCAGGCCCACCUCCUGCUCCCCCUGCAGCACCCAAACCCUCCAGCCGACCCUCGACUCAGCCUCCCCAGCGCAGCUUCCAAAGCAGUCGUGCCCUGUCGGCCUCCCACAGGACAGAAGGUCAAAGACACUCGAAACCCAGUCUAGACGGCCCGCCACCUCGAGGAGUGCGGCCACAGCCUGUAGAGAGUGAGAGGGGCCCGAGGCUCAGGGGCCGAGGCUCACAUGCUGUUCACGCUGAGCGUAGCCCGGCCAUGGUGGUGGAGGACGUCCGCAGUGAGGAAGAUGAGGAGGAGGGUGAGAUUCCAACAGCGACAACUACAUAUACUGCUCACCACUACAAGACGGAGAGAGAGAGGGUUCCGUCUCCACGGAAACGAGAGUCGGGCCCAGUGAUGGAAGGGGGCAGUGCAGCCGGUCAGGUGCGAGAAUCGUCGUCUCCUCAAGAGAGGCCGGUGGAAAAGAAAUCGUACUCUCUUGGGCGGAGGGCGACGCGAAUGCGACCGUCUGAUCUCGGUAAGCAGGCGUCAUUAGAUGAGUCUUCUCCCGCGGUCCAGCAAGCCCCAGCGGCAGCAAAGAGCGAGUCGUGGCAAGAGCAGAGUGAUGCUGGAACACAAGGUGGACUGACAGGCCUCGACCAGGACCUGGCCCGACUCAGCCUGGCGGGGCAGAACUGGACCCAAAGCGCACCCUCCUACCUGCAGGCCGAGAUGAGAGGCAUUCGUAGCUCCAUGCACAUGGCAGGAGGCCCUCCACAGUAUGGAAACAUGGAGGAUAUGGGUGUUGGUGGUGGCCGGGCUAAGCGGUAUUCAUCACAGCGCCAGAGGCCAGUUCCCGAGCCUGCACCCAUGCACAUUGGAGUCAUGGAGGGCCAUUUUUAUGAACCCAUGUCUUUCCAGGGACCAAUCUACGCGCACGGGGAAAGCCCAGCGGCCCUGCCCCCUCAAGGCAUGCUAGUUCAGCCUGAGAUGCACCUGCCACACCCCACCCACCCUGGACACCCAGGCUUGCACCCGCACCAGUCAGGAGGGCCCAUGCCCAAUCCGGCUCUUUAUGCAGCCCCACCCGUUUCUAUGUCACCUGGGCAACCGCCUCCACAGCAGCUGCUACCUCCACCCUUCUACCCCCCGCCAGGUGUGAUGACCUUUGGGAACACCAACUACCCGUACCCUGCCGGAGCUACGCUACCUCCAAUCUACCCCAACCCCCAGGCACAGUCACAGGUCUACGGUGGUGUGACGUACUACGACACGGUACAGCAGCAAGCUCAGCCCAAACGCUCCCCGCCCCGACGCUCCUCUCAUCCCGUUACAGUCAGACCUCCCCCUCCUGAGGACCAGAGCAGAAAUGCCGCUGAGGAGAUUCGCUCCUAGCUGACAGAGGACGAGGAGGCCGCCGCGUGUCAGGACCAGCACCGCUUUUGUAUAAAUUGAAUUCACCAUUUAGGUUUUAACUGUAGUUUUUUGUUUUGCUCGUUUAAUACUGUUUGUGUAUUCACUAUGCCUUGCUUAGGUUCACUGUCUUCAUCCAAGGUUAUGUUUGCGGGUUGCUCCAAUCUGUUGUAUUUCCAUUCAUAACCAGCAAAGUGUUUACCGCUAUCUGCUGUUCAGCUAGGAAUUAAAUGUGCAGUCUUACACAGCGAGAUGUUUUAGUUUUCACUAAGCAACUCCUGUAUCUCUGGUCUCUAACAGACGAGAAUUCUAAUUGUACAAGACUGCUGGACUUUUGAAUCGAGUUUGUUUUAAACCUCCUUUUACUCUGUUGGGCAAAUAAAUGUUUUUAUUGAAAACGGGAAAAGCAGUAAGACAAACUAGUGUGUGAAAGAUGGACCUGCAUUAUUAAUUCUGGACUUACGGUCCCUGAUUCAAAGGUUAAAAUAUAGUCUCAAAUCAGUGUCCUGCUUCAAAAGGAGCUGUCAAGCCAGCAGAUGGUAAUGACGUACAUGGUAAUGACCUUCAAAUGCACAAAUUUAAGACCUUUUUUGGGCCAAAUUAAGGCUCUUUUAGCAUGUUUUUUUUCUUUUCCGUUUAAGAGAGCUGUACCAUUCUGACUGCUUAACCUGCCGUGAUGGUGCUAGUCCCAUUUCAGACUGAUCAAUCCUCCUUCCUCCGUCUGUCCCGCUGUCCCUUGUAUCUUUUGACAUUGUACUGUGUUGAAUUCAGUACUGUAAUUCUAUCGAAGUGAACCGUUAACCUUGCCAGAUACUGACCUACUUGACAGUGUAACUCGCUUGAUUGGCUUUCUAUUGUAAGUGUACAUAUUAAAGUAUAUUGAAGCCAGUGGUUUAACGAAUAAUACUAGUCAUUUAUGAAGUGCUGUCAAUAUGAACAAAGUCAGCAGGGAACCUAGCCUAGGCCUGUCUUUCAUUUUAAAUAUCAUUUCUAAAAUUAAUUUGGAGUUAUUCUAUGUUUUUCUUUUUAUAAAUAGUUAUGGUUGCAAUUGGUUUCUUUCAGGCACACUGUACAGGCAUGCAUGGUUUUAUAGGUAUAUUUCUUUGUGAAAGCAAUUCUAGAUGGCAGAUUUGGCUGUGAGCUGUUAUUCUUCGCCCCACUGUGGGAGUGCUAUGGAUGCAUCUUUUUCAAUUGUUCCCUUUAUCAUUGUUUCCGAUGAAAGAAAAAAAACCUAACAGUAUAAAUGAGAUGUUGUCAUUCCCAGCGUUGUUUAGACAUGGCUCAUAAAGACUAUUAGAAGAUGUUGUAUUACUUUCUAUGCCUUAAAGAGUUAAUUUGGUUUGACAUAUCUGUUUUUGUUUGAUUAGACCUGACGACACUGUGAGGGCUUGUAUGUUUCAUAGUUGUUUGAAUAAUAUUAAAAGUGUUUAAUUUU